GUUGGUCUUAAGAUUGAAACAACUAUUUGGGAGAUAGUUCAAAUAUCCAAGUCCCGCACACCAACCAAACCCUGUUUCACACUACUCAAGAACACCAAAAUCCCCUUUCUCUAAAAAUUUCUUUCUCCAUUACAAAAUCCAGAUUCUACUCAUCACAAAUUUCUCAAAGAACCACUAACAAGUUACAACUUUGAGUAAUCAGAAAAUUGUGGUAAUGUGAGCAUUCCCAUUUGCUAAAAUGCGCCGGAUUGAAGCCCUUAUCAAACAGGACUCCUUUUCGCCUCCUGCCACCAAUUCAUCUGUGUUUCUUGCUAGAAACAUUAUGAUUAUUGUAGUAAUUAUUUUCGUAACUUGCUGUCUGCUACACUUUCUUGUGAGAUUUCUCAUGAACAAGAUAAGAUUAUAUUCAAAUUUCCAUCAUCAAUCCACAAGAUUUCAUGAAAGUAGCGAUGUGGAUGCUGCUGUUUAUCAAAGACAAUUGCAACAGCUCUUCAAAUUGCAUGAUUCUGGAUUGGAUCAAUCCUCCAUUGAUGCUCUCCCAGUGUUCGUUUACGAAGAAUUAAUCGGUUUAAAAGAGCCUCUUCAUUGUGCUGUUUGCCUUUGUGAAUUUACCAAAAAGGACAAUCUUAGGCUACUUCCUGCAUGCAGCCAUGCUUUCCAUAUUCAUUGCAUAGACACUUGGUUACUCUCGAAUUCAACUUGCCCGUUAUGUAGAGGGAACCUUUUUACACCUGGGUUUUCUGUUGUAAAUCCAGUCUUUGACUUUGACUUUGACGAAGAAGAAGAAGACGACGACCACCGUGAAGGGGUUUCUGGUAAUUUCAAUCAGGCUGAAAGGGUAUAUCCGGUAAUACUUGGGAAAUUUAAAGGUAUGAAUCGUGAUAAAGAAGAUAAGCAAGAUGAGGGACAAACUAGCAAUGGGAAUCUUGACGAAAGGAGGUGUUACUCGAUGGGAUCAUAUGAGUAUGUUGUGGGAAACUCAGAUUUACAAGUGACAUUUUGUCCGAUUAGGGGUAGUAAUAUGAGGGGUAUUAUUGGAAAUAGUGAUUUGAGAAAUGAGGGUGGAGAUGGAAAAGAAAUUAGGAAUCGGGGGAAAGGUGAGAGCUUUUCUGUUUCUAAGAUUUGGCUUUGGUCCAAGAAAGGUCAUCUUAACUUUCAAGAUUCGUUAAAUCCGCUCUCAAUGUAGGCAUACUCAUACUAUAGCCAAAAUGUAUGAAAUUUUACUUGUAUUUAUCUUGAUUUAGUUAAUUCAAUUGGUUUUUUAUAGACUCAAAACUCCUAAAAUAUGUAAAACUUUUGAACUUAAUUGUAUAAUAAUUCAAUUGGAA